AUGUCCGAAAAGUCCCCCCCAACCUCAACAACCCCCUCCCCUCCCACAAAACCCAAAUGGUACCGCAGCACCACCUACAACGCCCUCAUCCUCGGGCUCUGCAACUUCCUCGCCCCCGGGCUCUGGACCGCGAUGAACUCCCUCGGGGGCGGCGGCAGCGAAUCGCCCUACCUCGUCGACGCGGCCAACGCCCUCACCUUCUGCCUCAUGGUGCUCUCGUGCCUAUUCGGCAGCGCAAUCGUCCGGCUCAUCGGGGUAAAAUACACCCUCAUGCUGGGGACGAUCGGCUACGCGCCCUACGCGGCAGGGCUGUACACGAACAACCGGUUCCACAGCUCGUGGCUGCUCCUCCUCGGCGCCGCGCUCUGCGGCCUCAGCGCGGGCAUCUUCUGGCUCGCGGAGAGCAGCAUCGCGCUCGCGUACCCCGAACCCUCGCGCCAGGGCUUCUUUUUGGGGUUAUGGCUAUCCUUCCGCGUGGGCGGCCAGAUCCUUGGCGGCGCUAUCAACCUCGGCCUGAACGUCGACCGCAACACCGCAGGCAGCGUCAGCUACGCCGUCUUCCUGAUCUUCGUGGCCCUGCAAGCCUGCGGCCCCAUCGCGGGGAUGCUGCUCACGCCGCCGGAGAAGGUCCAGCGCAGCGAUGGCGUGCGCGUGCAGCUGCGAUUGUCGGAGGACGGGGUGUGGGCGGAGCUGAAACAUACCGUCCGUCUCCUGUGCACGAAGAACGUGCUCCUCAUCCUCCCGCUCAUCGCCCAGGCCAUCUACACCGAGGCCGUCAUGUUCACCUACCUCGAUCUCUGGUUCAGCGUGCGCGCCCGCGCGCUGGCGAGCUUCCUGUCCGGGUGUUUGGCCCUCAUGGCUGGCAAUCUGUUGGGGUAUGUGCUUGAUAACUCCCGCGGGAGUCUGAAAGGGAAGGCGAGGGGGGUCUUUGCGGUGGUUAUGACCCUGCAGGGCGGCGUGUGGGUGUGGGCCACCGUGAUUACCUCGAUUUACCGGGAAAAGGACCAGGCGGCGCUCGACUGGGCGGAUCCCGGGUUUGCGAGGGGGUGGGUGCUCUAUCUCUUCUGGGUGGCCAUGUUCCAGGUCAAUUAUAUGUUCUUGUACUUCGUGGUGGGCAACUUGGCCCGCAACAAAGGCGAGGUGGUGCGGUUGUCGGCGCUGCUGCGCGGGACCGAGUCGGCCGUGCAGGCGGUUUCGUACGGGCUGAGCAGCGUCGGGAUCAUGGCCUCGGUCGGCGGCACGUAUCUCAACUUCGGGCUGUGGGCCAUCUCGGUGUUCCCCGCUUGGUUGGUGGUCAGGCAGAUUGGCACGACGCUGGGGGAUCGGAAGAGGGAGAGGGAAGAGGAGGCUGCUUUUGACGAGUAG